GCUUCCAUCUCCCAUUCUACGCACAGUGCAGCAUUAUAUUUGGUAUAACAAACGUUUGGAAAAAUGGAAAAUAUCCCGCGUACGCACGAAGAUAUUGAGGCACAAAUUGCCGAUAUUCAGACCAAGAAAAAAGAAAUACAGAAAAAUUCAACGACGGGGGUCGGAUUACUGGACAGUGGAGGUUUCUAUGAUACAGAAUUAUAUGACGAAGGAGGCGGUAAAGGAAAGAAUCGCUAUGAAGGCUAUAAUACAUCUAUUGCGGCCAAUGAUGAAAUGGAUGAAGAUGAAGACGAUGGAUUUCCAGUACCUCAGAAACGUACAGCGUAUACGGCACCCACUUCUGUCCUUAAAGAUGUUACCCAGGGUAAGGAAGAUGUUGAUCCUAUGGCUGAUAGACGUCGACCAACAAUAGCAGACAGGGAAGAUGAAUAUAGGCAAAAGCGGCGCCGCAUUAUUAUUUCACCUGAGCGUGCUGACCCUUUUGCUGAUGGUGGAAAAACUCCUGAUAUUGGGUCAAGGACAUAUCCUGAUAUUAUGCGUGAACAAAUGCUAAAGGGGGAAGAAAAUGAGUUAAGGAGAAAAAUCCAAGAGAAAUCUAAGGACGGAACUUUAGUAAAAUCUUCGAAUGGAGAGGUACCGAAAGAGACAACUACACGCAAGCGGGGUCGUUGGGAUCAAACAGUAAGCGAGAGCUUUGUACCCGCAAAAGUAGUAGCAACACCUAAUAGUGCAUCAACACCAACAUGGGAAGAUAAAACUCCAGGCGAUCAUCGUUGGGAUGAAACACCGGGUCAUAAAGGCAGUGAAACUCCUGGUGCCACGCCUGGUCUUGGGACCCGCAUUUGGGAUGCCACACCUGCACAUCCUAUGACUCCAAGUCAUGAGACGCCAGGCCAUGAAAAGUCAGCACGACGCAAUCGGUGGGACGAAACACCAAAAACAGAGCGCGAAACCCCCGGUCAUAGUGGAUGGGCUGAAACACCGAAGCCAGAUCGUGGCACUAGUGAAAAUGUUGUCGCCGAAUUAACUCCCGGUGCUUCGAAACGAAGAUCACGUUGGGACGAAACCCCAUCAAAUGCGACACCUUCAAUGACGCCUUCUUCGGCAAUGACUCCCAAUCUCACACCGAGUAUGACCCCACAUGCCACACCAGGGCAUAUUACCCCUCUCUUAACUCCCGGUGGUACUACGCCUAUUGGAGUCAAGGCAAUGGCCAUGGCUACCCCAACUCCGGGCGCGUUAGCCGCUAUGACGCCAGAGCAACUUCAGGCAUACCGCUGGGAAAAAGAGAUCGAUGAACGCAAUCGGCCCCUAACAGAUGAGGAACUUGAUCAGAUGUUUCCGCCAGGAUAUAAAAUAUUACCGCCCCCUGCUGGAUAUGUGCCACUGCGCACACCUGGUCGUAAAUUGAUGGCAACACCAACCCCAAUAGCGGGUACACCCGCUGGAUUUUUUAUUCAAGUUGAAGAUAAAAAUGCCAAAUUUAUGGACAACCAACCAAAAGGUCAAAACCUACCAUUUAUGAAACCAGAGGAUGCCCAAUAUUUUGACAAACUACUGGUAGAUGUGGACGAAGACAGUCUUUCUCCAGAGGAAGCAAAGGAACGAAAAAUUAUGAAAUUACUCUUGACUAUCAAAAAUGGUUCGCCCCCAAUGCGUAAAUCAUCACUUCGCCAAAUAACAGACAAGGCACGUGAAUUUGGCGCUGGACCACUUUUUAAUCAAAUCCUUCCACUGCUUAUGUCCCCAACACUGGAAGACCAAGAGCGCCAUUUACUUGUAAAGGUUAUUGACCGCGUGCUAUAUAAGCUGGAUGACUUGGUGCGUCCUUAUGUACACAAAAUUCUUGUAGUUAUUGAGCCACUGCUUAUCGACGAAGACUAUUAUGCUCGUGUAGAGGGCCGUGAAAUCAUUUCGAAUCUAGCCAAGGCAGCAGGUCUUGCCACUAUGAUUUCCACGAUGCGUCCAGAUAUCGACAAUAUCGAUGAAUAUGUGCGUAACACAACAGCGCGUGCAUUUGCCGUUGUGGCAUCAGCCUUGGGAAUUCCAUCGUUACUACCUUUUCUAAAAGCCGUAUGCAAAUCAAAAAAAUCUUGGCAAGCUCGUCACACCGGUAUAAAGAUUGUGCAGCAAAUUGCCAUAUUAAUGGGCUGUGCUAUACUGCCACAUCUAAAAGCUUUAGUGGAAAUCAUUGAGCAUGGGCUGGUGGAUGAGCAACAGAAAGUGCGAACUAUCACGGCCUUGGCCAUUGCUGCCUUAGCGGAAGCAGCUACACCUUAUGGCAUUGAGUCCUUUGAUUCCGUUUUGAAGCCCCUCUGGAAGGGUAUUCGUACGCAUCGUGGCAAAGGCUUGGCUGCAUUCUUGAAAGCGAUUGGGUACUUAAUUCCGCUAAUGGAUGCUGAAUACGCCAACUACUACACCCGUGAAGUGAUGUUGAUUUUAAUUCGCGAGUUUCAAUCGCCAGACGAGGAAAUGAAAAAGAUUGUAUUGAAGGUAGUGAAGCAAUGCUGUGCCACUGAUGGUGUGGAGGCUCAAUACAUCAAGGAAGAAAUUUUACCGCAUUUCUUUAAGUUUUUCUGGAAUCAUCGUAUGGCUUUAGAUCGCCGAAAUUAUCGCCAACUAGUGGACACGACGGUAGAAAUCGCCAAUAAAGUUGGCGCUUCUGAAAUAAUUAAUCGGGUAGUAGAUGAUUUAAAAGACGAGAACGAGCAGUAUCGUAAGAUGGUAAUGGAGACUAUAGAGAAGAUUAUGGGUAAUUUAGGCGCUGCCGACAUUGAUUCUCGCUUAGAAGAACAGCUUAUCGAUGGCAUACUAUACGCUUUUCAAGAACAAACAACCGAAGACGUGGUCAUGCUAAAUGGUUUCGGCACAAUUGUAAACCAAUUGGGCAAACGAGUUAAACCAUACUUACCGCAGAUAUGUGGUACUAUUCUUUGGCGUCUAAAUAAUAAAUCGGCUAAAGUGCGUCAACAAGCCGCCGAUUUGAUAUCUCGUAUUGCCAUAGUAAUGAAGACAUGUCAGGAAGAAAAGUUGAUGGGACAUUUGGGCGUUGUGUUAUAUGAGUAUUUGGGUGAGGAAUACCCAGAAGUUUUGGGCAGUAUUUUAGGUGCCCUUAAGGCAAUCGUUAACGUUAUAGGUAUGACAAAAAUGACCCCGCCCAUUAAAGAUUUACUACCCCGCCUAACACCUAUUCUAAAGAAUCGACAUGAGAAGGUACAAGAGAACUGCAUUGAUUUAGUCGGAAGGAUUGCUGAUCGAGGACCAGAAUAUGUGUCAGCACGCGAAUGGAUGCGUAUAUGCUUCGAGUUACUCGAACUCCUUAAGGCACAUAAGAAAGCUAUUCGCCGCGCUACAGUCAACACUUUUGGCUACAUUGCCAAAGCAAUCGGUCCACAUGAUGUACUCGCAACUUUGCUUAAUAAUUUAAAGGUUCAAGAACGUCAGAAUCGUGUAUGCACCACAGUGGCUAUUGCUAUUGUAGCUGAAACUUGUCGGCCCUUCACAGUGCUCCCGGCGUUAAUGAAUGAAUACCGCGUACCCGAAUUGAAUGUACAAAACGGUGUACUUAAAUCGCUCUCUUUCCUUUUUGAAUAUAUUGGCGAAAUGGGCAAAGACUAUAUUUAUGCUGUUUGUCCCCUGCUGGAGGACGCAUUAAUGGAUCGCGAUUUAGUGCAUCGACAAACUGCUUGUGCUGCUAUUAAACAUAUGGCUCUCGGCGUAUACGGCUUUGGAUGUGAGGAUGCAUUAAUUCAUCUACUCAACUAUGUAUGGCCGAAUAUUUUCGAAACUUCGCCUCAUUUAGUUCAGGCAUUCAUGGACGCUGUAGAUGGAUUGCGUGUUUCGUUAGGACCUAUAAAAAUUUUGCAAUAUACCCUACAAGGUCUAUUUCAUCCAGCACGAAAGGUGCGUGAUGUGUAUUGGAAGAUUUACAAUUCUUUAUACAUAGGGGGACAGGACGCAUUAAUUGCAGGCUAUCCAAGGAUUACUAAUGACCCAAAGAAUCAAUAUGAGCGUUAUGAAUUGGACUAUAUGCUUUAAAAGGCGUCGAUGAAAAGUGAGAAUGUAACAUUUUUACAAUAUUAAUACAAACUAUGUAGCAGAACAAUGUUUUAGAUGUAACAAGAAUUCCGAAACAAUUAUAUAUAAAUAGUUAUAUUUGGCUCAA